AUCAAGAUGUUUGAAACCUAGGUAGAAAUCGGAGGAGCACGGAAACAUGGUGACAAAGUGUUCUGCUUGGACGCCCACGAUAUUUCGAUCGAAUUGCCCUUCCGGUGCUCCUCAAGCAUGAAGUCUCUUCUCAGCGCCUCAGUUUUGAGCUUGAUCUCUUCUGCAUCCGCAAUACCGUAUGCAGAGUACAUCCUCGCGCCAGAUUCCCGAGCGCUCCAUCCGGCCUCCGUGCACAGCUCGAAUGGCUCGGUCAGUAACGCUGAGAGCCUCACAUCCUCACCCGGAAGCGCCGUUUUCGAGGAUGAUGCUGCUACGGCGUACGACUUUGGGAAGAACAUUGCUGGCGUAGUUUCCUUGACCGUCGGAUCUGUGUCAGACUCUGACCAGUACAUCGGUGUGACUUUUUCGGAAUCGUCCCUCUGGGUCUCCAACAAAUCGUCGGACGCUACUGCAGAUGCUGGGAAGGAUGAGACAUUGUGGUUCCAAGUCACGGCACCAGGCAGAUACACUGCACCCCGCGAGAAGGAACGAGGAGGAUUUCGGUACAUGACAGUGGUACACAACAGUACAGGAAAGGUCGAAAUUACCUCUGCAGAAGUCUAUUUCACCCCGAUGCCGCACUGGGAAGACGAUGCGCUGCGUAAUUACACUGGCUAUUUCCACUGCGAUGAUGAACUUCUGAAUCGCGUUUGGUAUGCCGGCGCAUAUACUAACCAGAUGUGCACAAUCGACCCUCACCAUGGCAAUGCGUUGGUUCAUCUGGGCACGAUCAACAGUUCGGUAUCCGACGCGACCAACGUAACUUGGUAUUACAACUAUACAAUCACAAACGGGAGCUCUGCAUUGACUGAUGGAGCGAAGAGAGACAGACUUGUAUGGGCCGGAGAUAUGGCUAUUGCUGUUCCAGGUGUCGUGGCUUCGACAAACGAUGUCGUCUCCAUUGAGAAUUCCCUCAACUCGUUGUUCGCAGUCCAGAACAGGACCACCGGUCAGCUUCCGUAUGCUGGGCGUCCGUUUUUCUCUGUGCUAUCCUUUACAUACCACCUGUAUACUUUGAUCGGUGUGACCGAUCACUACCUUUAUACCGGUAAUCUUGACUACGCAUCAUCACUCUGGUCGGAAUGGAAGCUCGCACUGAACUUCUCUCUGAGUUUUAUCGACGACAGUGGCUUGAUGAAUGUCACAUCGCCAUCCGACUGGCUGCGCUUUGGCAUGGGUGGGCACAAUAUCGAGGCAAACUCUAUCCUUUACUAUACCAUCAACCAAGGUAUCUCACUCGCGGAGGCACUAAACGACACUGAGCCUGUGGCAUUCUGGCAGUCAACAGCCGAGAAGAUCAAAUCUGCUGCCAAUGAGCGUCUUUGGAACAGUAACGCCGGCAUGUACAUCGAUAACGAGACCACAACACUCAUGCCCCAAGACGGCAACUCUUGGGCCGUGGUCUCGAACCUUACGCUCAAUUCCUCCCAGAUUAAGUCUAUCAGCAGCAACCUUGCAGACCGGUGGACCCCAUACGGAGCACCUGCGCCGGAGGCUGCCGACGCUAUCUCACCAUUCAUCUCUGGGUUUGAGCUGCAAACUCAUUUCCUCGCUGAGAACACCACUGCUGCACUCGGCUUGAUGAGGCUUCAGUGGGGUUUCAUGCUUAACGAUCCCAGAAUGACGAACUCGACCUUCAUCGAAGGGUAUUCUACGACUGGUGAGCUUCACUAUGCUCCGUAUUUAAAUGAUGCGCGCAUCUCACACGCCCAUGGAUGGGCGACUGGACCGACGUCCUCGCUCACGUUCUACGUGGCUGGAAUCCAACUGCUGGGUGCUGGAGGAAAGACAUGGCGCAUCGCUCCUUCCCUUGGCGAUCUUACCUUCGCAGACGCUGGCUUCAGUACUGGCGUGGGCUUCUUCUCUGCCAAGACUCAAGUGGCCAACGGAGGCUUCCAGAUCGAUUUCGAGACUCCCGAAGGUACAAGCGGUGAAGUGAGGAUGCCGAAAGCGUCGUGUGCAGGACGUGCCUUAUUGAAAGCGUCCAGUGGGAAAUAUGCGGCUCUCGAGAUUGAGGUUACGCACGCGAAUACCGGACCGAUAUCUGUAGCGGAUGUGCCUGGAGGCAAGUGGGAGGUUACAUUCAGUUGUACAUAGAGAAGCUUUCAUCACUGCGAU